AUGAUGUCACUGAUCGACCUGGACGACGACCAGCGAUGGGUGCCCACCCACGUCAACGUCACCGUGCUGCGGGCCAGGGGGCUGCGCACCAAGGGCAAGCACGGCAGCCGCUACCUGUACACCAGCAUCCAGGUGGGCAAGGAGAAGUUCACCACGGGGCUGGUGGAGAAGGCGGCGGUGCCCGAGUGGAGCGAGGAGUGCUGCUUCGAGCUGCUGCCCGGGGUCCUGGAGGACGGGGGUCGCGGAGCCUACCCGCCGGGCAGCGGGGACCUGGUGCUCAGCGUCAUGCACCGGGUCCUGAUCGGCCUGGACGUGUUCCUGGGUCAGACCAUCAUCCCGCUGGACCAGAUCUUCAACGAGGGCCAGUGUCCCAGAGACGAAUGGUUCAAGCUCAACUCCAAGGCAGGAAGGAAGGAGAAGGAGCGUGGUGAGCUUCAGGUGACGGUGCAGUUCACCCGCAACAACAUGACGGCCAGUAUGUUCGACCUCACCAUCAAGGACAAACCUCGCUCUGCCUUCGGGAAGCUGAAGGACCGCGUCACGGGGAGGAAGAGGGGCGACGUGGAGUCUUCCUCGGCCAUCGUGCCGGGCCGCUUCGCCGCCCUGUCCGGAUCCCAGGGGCAGCCGUUCGGAGAGGGGGGCGGGGGGGUGGUGGUGAUGGAGUCUCGAGACGCGGCGGCGGCAGCAGAGGAGAAGAGGAGCAAGGUGAAGGAUUUCUUCAAAGGGAAGCUGCGCAAGUCGUCCGACACCAGGUCGUGCUCAUCGCUGGCUUCAGACAGCAGCUUGUCUUCCAUGGCCAGUGACAACCCCGGCCCCCCGCCCAGUCUGGACCUGCUGUCGGACCCCCCCAGCUCGCCCAUCUACACGAGCAAAGUGAGAGUGGACGCCCACUAUGGAGAGGCAGACUUAGCUAAAAAAGUUCUCACCAGUCAACACACCACCAAGGUUCUCACACACAAGCGAGCCCUGAGCGACGAAGCCAGCAAAAUCACAACGGCCCUCUCUCGAUCCAACGCUGCGAUGGAGUCCCUCCGGGGUCAGACCAUGACUCAGUCCAAGUCGUCCUUGUGUAUAAAUGGAAGCCACGUCUACGACUCCGAGCCAUCUCCUCCAAAGAGCUCGGGAGCUCUGGCGUCCAAGCUGGUGCAGCAGGAGAAGAGCUCGCCGCUGUCCCGCUCCCUGCAGAACCUCACCAAGAGGAGCGAGGACAAAGGCUCCUUCGCCGAGGGCCGCCGCUGGUCCUUCGACAAGACCAGGAAAGAGGAAGACAAGGAAGCUCGGGCGUCGUUUAUUCCAAUUCAGCAAGAUCCGUCAGACGGUCGCACCACGCAGGCGUCGACCGUAUCCUCUGCGUCCAGUUCACCUGAAAAAGGGAGGAAGCUGAGGAAGACGUUGUUCUCUGGAGGGAGGAGCGAGUCUCUUCCCGCCAAGUCGGACCUGGCCCAGGCUGCUUCAUCAUCAGAAGGGAGGCUCAGAGGCUGGUUUGGUUCCGGCGACUCGCAGAACAAGCCGAGGCUGGAAGUUUCUCCUAAGGUAGAAAGCACCUCAGCCCCUCCCCUCCCUCCUCUCUCCCCCGCUUCCCCUCAGUGCUCCUCCCCCUCCGGUCACGUCUCACCCGACGACCGCACUCGGUCUCGCCCGCUCACUCCCUCCACCUCACCCUCCUCGCCUCCCCUCUCCCCCUCCAACCCUUUCCUCCCCCAAAUGCAGCGCAACCCCUUCUUUGAGGAGCUCCUAGCCGAGGAGGCGCAGACGUCCCCUCCUCUUGCACCUUGCUCCCCCUCCUCCGGCUUGUCCCCCUUCCAUUACACCACUCUGCCCUGCGCACCCAGUCCCGCUCACGAUGCUCAUGCUUCAAAGACGGCUUCCAUAAGGCGGGAGCGACCCCGGCCCGUGGGCAGACAGAUAUCUCUCCCUGCGUUGUUACCCAAAGCAGCCGCACCGAACUCCCAUAACCACGCCUCUCGCUCCAUGUCCGAGAGCACAGGAGAGUGGGACGACUUUUUUGAUGCUCUUGCCUCGAGCAGGCUGAACUCGCCUAAAGGAAGUGUUCCUCAGAAACGGCUGAGAACCAGCCCGUCAUUUGAUACAUGUAGCUAUGCACUUAACAAUCAUGCACAGGGGCUGCAGACGUGUGAAGAGCAGCCUCCGCCUUUGCCUCCGAGGAGGUUAUUAAGAACUACUCUCAGUGAGAUUUACUCUGACGGCUGGCUGCACAGAGGUCAGGAGCUGGCCGUCCACAAGGAGGCUUACCUCCUCUCCCAGACCGGCGUGGCCUCGCUACAACGUGAACGAGAGGCCGAGUGCAAAAGGAAUGGUCCAUCUCCGGACCCUCAGACGAGCAGCGAGACCUCCGACUCUCCCGGCGUUCCCUCCGAGCAGCACGCAGACGCCACGUCACCGGGAUUAGUCCAAGAAGAAAAGCUGAAAAAGUUCAAAUACGAGCCUUUGGAGUACGACGUUGACUGCUGGGGAGGGAUGCUGUUCGAGCAAGAUCUGUACGGACGCAUGUGCAGAGGAAACUACGGGGAACUCACAGCGAACAACCAUCGUUUGUCAUUGAACGCUGAGGAAAGCGACGGGACUAGUAUCACGUUCAAGAGCUCUGCACCUGAAAUGCUUCUUGACAGUGAAAUCUCUGUGAAAGACGUCACGAACUUAUCAACUACGACUUCCCCAGACUCAGACGAGAAGAUGGACGGUCCCUCUGCUCCGGUAGAGGCGCUAGCAGAGUCUACAACUAAUGAUACUACUUGCAACAACAAUAACGUGGCUUUCUCGUCAGGAGACAUGAACAUGAACGUUUACAACUUAGACUUCACCUUUAUUGACUCGGACGGCUCUUCUCAAUCGGAGGCGGUCGAUACUCUCAAAGGCGUCAGUAGUUUAGGAGCCAUUUCCCCCCCACCGACCGAAGAUUCACUGACUGUUUACCACGCGGAGACGACACCUGAGGAAUUAUUCACUUUAAAGGACACCUACAUACCUGAGAUGAACUCUUCGUUUGAAAUAAACGCUUCCAGUAAACGGUGCAAAGUGUCUCCAGUUCUCCAGGACUGUCACUGGGAGCUGAACAACUUGUUACCACGUGAUCAGUCCAGGGGAAACGACAGCGAGGAGAUCACUGCGCUGUCGUCGCAAAAUCAAACACCAUCCGAUCUUCACGUUGAGUUCAGAGACGAUAAAACAAGAAACAACGGUAGUUCUCAGAAGACUCAAAAGGACAGUGAUGAUAAUGGUAACCCAGAAGCCCGGCUGGCCUCACAGCAGCAGACCGAGGUGUUUUCCGGAGUUGUCAGCGCACGUUUUAGACCCAAAGGUUUUUCCCGACAGAGCAGCCCGAGCAGCCAAAGCCAAAGUGGAGACCGAGAGUUUGAACAGUUGCUGUCUCUCGUUCAAAACAUCUCACAAGUCGGUAACGGACAGUUGUUGCAUCAGCCCAGUAAAUCUUCCACAGAUUUGCCAGUAAAUAGCACCGGUCGGCCCAAAACAUCCAAAGUCAACAAAAUGUCCCGCCUCACAAAGUACUGUGUCACAGGGAUUCCCUCCGAGGUCAGUUUCGAAGACCUUCACGCAAAAGUGGCACCGGGCUCAAGAUCCCCGUCCAAGCUCGAUCCCUCUCCUUACUCCCUCCCCUGUGCACCAUCCCUGUCCAACGCCACCACCACCACCGCCAACGACACACAGGCUCAGCUCCACCCCGCCCCUCUCUGUUGCCCCCCCAUACAUCUCUCAAGCAUGGGGCCCGGGGCUGGAGCCAGCACUACUCUGGUUGUGGCUCCCUACACCUCCACCACCUCUUCCUCCUUCUCUACCAUCUCCGCCACUGACCCGCCCCUGGUCGAUGCACGCCACUCACUUCUCCCUGAGGAGACACAGCCAGCUAACAACCUGCCCAAUCAGGAGAGCAGACCUCACCCAGUGAAGCCAUUAACCUCCAGCCAAUCAGAGAAGAAGGAGGGGCGUUCGGUUCUGGAGAAGCUCAAGCACACGAUCCACCCGGGACGCGGCGCCGCCCACCAGGCUGCAGCUGAAGCUGAGAGGAGUCAGGAGGUUCCUGUGGACUACUCGGCUCAGUACCAGCACCUGACCAACAUGGAGCUGAUCUCCCUGCUGCUGCAGCAGGAGAUGGACAUGCAGAAGCAGCAGGCGGCCUCCGAGCGGCAGGAGGCGAAGCUGGGGAAAUGUGAGGCCGACCUGAAAAAGGUCAAGGCACAGGUGCGAGACAUGGAGGACUACAUCGAUAAUCUGCUGCUGCGGAUCAUGGAGCAGACGCCCACGUUGCUGCAAGUGCGAAACAGACACAAGUGA